AUGUCUCAACCAAAUAUUAUUAAUAAACAAUAUUUUAAAAAUAAUGAAAGUUUGGCGGUCAGAGUUAAAAAAUUUCGUACAAAUUAUGGUCGGAAUUUUAAUUUAACUUCAGCAACUGUGAAGAGAGUAAUUGAAAAAUUAAGGAAGACUGGAUCAAUUGCUGACACUAACACCGAUCCGUCCAAAAAUAAGCCGAUCAAAGGUCAAUAUCAAAGCAGUGCAUAA